GGCCGCAAAAGGUAUCCGCUUUCCCCCCCCCUUUUACAGCAGCCGCAAGUGAGGUCAAACCACAGUAACAUCGUGACCCUGCUGUGUGAUUACUGGGCCGUUCCUCUGCCUGGGCCAAUGCUAGAUCUGGAAGUGGUUCCCGAGCGAUCUCUAGGGAAUGAGCAAUGGGAAUUCACCUUGGGAAUGCCGUUGGCUCAGGCUGUAGCAAUUCUUCAGAAGCACUGUCGCAUCAUCAAGAACGUCCAGGUUCUCUACAGUGAGCAGUCUCCUCUUAGCCAUGACCUCAUCCUUAACCUGACUCAGGACGGAAUCAAACUGCUGUUUGAUGCUUUCAAUCAAAGACUUAAGGUGAUUGAAGUUUAUGACUUGACUAAAGUGAAGUUAAAAUAUUGUGGUGUACAUUUCAACUCUCAGGCUAUUGCUCCAACCAUAGAACAAAUUGAUCAGUCGUUUGGAGCAACACAUCCAGGAGUGUACAACUCAGCAGAGCAACUUUUCCACCUCAACUUCAGAGGACUGUCGUUUUCCUUUCAGUUGGACUCAUGGACUGAAACUCCCAAGUAUGAGCCAAACUUUGCCCAUGGCCUAGCUUCUUUGCAAAUUCCACAUGGUGCAACUGUGAAACGCAUGUACAUCUAUAGUGGAAACAGUCUGCAGGAUACCAAGGCUCCCAUGAUGCCCCUCAGCUGUUUCCUUGGAAACGUGUAUGCAGAGAAUGUUGAUGUUCUGAGAGAUGGAACUGGACCCUCAGGUUUACGGCUUCGCUUACUCACUGCAGGUUGUGGCCCAGGCGUAUUAGCUGAUGCCAAGAUGCGGGUAUUUGAGCGCUGUGUAUAUUUUGGUGAUUCGUGCCAAGAUGUUCUGAGCACUUUGGGGUCUCCUCACAAGGUCUUCUACAAGUCAGAAGAUAAGAUGAAAAUUCAUUCACCCUCCCCACACAAGCAGGUUCCUUCCAAAUGCAAUGACUACUUCUUCAACUACUUCACACUCGGAGUGGAUAUCCUUUUUGAUGCAAACACCCACAAAGUGAAGAAAUUUGUGCUUCACACUAAUUACCCUGGUCACUACAACUUCAACAUCUACCACCGUUGUGAAUUCAAGAUUCCACUAGCUAUUAAACGAGAGAGCACCGACUCGCAAACAGAAACAUGCACAACGUAUAGCAAGUGGGAUAAUAUUCAGGAUCUUCUUGGGCACCCGGUGGAGAAGCCAGUGGUACUUCACAGGUCAUCCUCUCCAAACAACACAAACCCAUUUGGAUCAACGUUUUGUUUUGGACUGCAGCGGAUGAUAUUUGAGGUGAUGCAGAAUAACCACAUAGCGUCUGUUACUCUGUAUGGCCCAGCGAGACCCAGCAGCCAGCUGAAAACGUCCGAUCUUCCCCAGUGAGGGAUGUCAGCUAAUCGAAAUGCUGCAAGAUUAGUACAGCGUGCCUUGAUCUGCUGCCACUAAUAAUAUUUAAAAAGCACGGUAUGAU